AUGUCUGGCGGCUCUUCAUCACCAAAUGCAACCCCGGCGAAAAGAAAAAGAGAUGAUGUCAUUUUCGAACACAUGUCUUCCAAUAUCUCGGCAGAGAAAGUUUUGACGGCACCUGUCUUUACCUUUGAACCUCCGUCCUUGUCACAAAACAUAGUCGACGAUGGCAGCAGCAGUCCUCGUACACGGGUUGCCAACAAGUUCCGUGACCUGUCGCUAGAGAGAAGUGGGGGCGGGGUUCGUGCCUCUCCGAGCCCAGAUGGGAUUGCCAGUGAGGAGCCGGCACUGGCAGCCGAUGUACCACGCCAACAUGCCAUAGAGCACUCAGUGUUUGACUUCAACGCCGCCGUCGGUAAAGAGGCAGACGCCCAGGACAUGCAACAGGAUCAAGACGAGAGCAGCGCUAUCCGCAAACGUCUAAAGCAUUGCAAUGCCAGCCAAGAAUCGCCCCUCAUGCUCAGCGGCGAGAUCAGCGGCACGGCCACGGAUCCUAUGCAGUCGGAAGAGUCUGGCAAGGUCAAGCUGGACACGUCCGUAGACCCGAGCAUGAUAGGUAUAGCACGAUCGCUAUCUAUUGGUGGCUUGAAGAAAUCCUAUCCCUCCAUCAAUCGUCUUGCCGACUCGAAAUCUCGUGGUCGCAAACGGGCAGGUACACCGCCGAGGCGCAAGGUAUCAGACGUUGCAGAAGAAGCAGAGGCUGUCGUUGUGGACCCCGUCAGAGCUGCUCUUACAUGGCACGAGGAUGAAAUCACUGUCUAUGAUUCCGAAGACAAGGACGACGACGGUACAGGUCUCAAUGGAAUUGGAUUUAGGCCAACACCCGCCAUUGCUUACCAGCGGGCACAAAAGAGGAAGAAACAGUUGUCCGAAUACAAGAAGCGUGAGGAAAGUGAAGCCAGGGCCCUAAGGAAUCAAAAGCGCAGAGAGUUGCUUGGAGAAGCCGAGGAUAAGAGGCGUCAGUCAAUAGUCCGCGUUCGAUUCUCAGAUGCGAACCCGGAAACACUGGAGACGAGUUGA